CAUCAUAAACCAUCUUUGAACUGCCAGUCUGCCACUAUCUUUUCCUAGAUCCUUAAUCCUAGCUAUCUGCUUCAAAGAGAACAUUUGAGUUUUCUUCUUUUUUCCUCCUCCAAUUAAGGUUCGCUCAAGGAACUAAAAUGGGGAAAUAUGGGAAAGAUAUUGCUUCUUCUUCUUCAGUUAAUGGCCAAAAAAACCAUCACUUCUUCCAAGUUUUCACUCCUGACAAAAGCUCUCACCAUUUGAAAUUACCAGCAGCAUUUAUCAACAAAUUGGAUGAAGACUUGCCUAAAAAAGGCACUCUUAGAGACUCCACUGAUAAACUAUGGAGUGUGAAAGUAGUAAAGUCUGGAAAUGACUACUUUUUUCAGAAUGGUUGGGAGGAUUUUGUGAAUCACUAUACUUUGCAAUAUGGUAAUUUUCUGAUGUUCAAUUAUCAUGGUAACUCUAGGUUCCAUGUGAGUGUAUUCGAUUACACUACUCAAUGUGAAAGGGAAGAUACCACAAUAGACUAUGUAAUUGGUAAUGGAAAUCCUUCAUUAGGUGAAGAUGCAUGUGAACUGGAAGUUCCAGAGAGUUUGAGGAAGUCUCUUGGUGAUUCUUCUGAAAAUAGUUCAGAGAACUAUGAGGUCAUUGCGAACUCAUAUGAUGAUCCGGAAAAGCCACGGUUCACGACAACUGUGAACGAGAGAAGUCCAUAUGCCGUGCAUAUUCCAAAACAACUGGUGAUUGAUCAUGCUCUUGAAUUAAAGACUGAUAUGACUAUUCGAGUUCAAAGUGGGAAGAAAUGGCCUGUUGAAGUCUAUUUUGAAGAGUCUGCUAAGCGGUAUAUAAUCUGCAGGGGUUGGCAUGAUUUCAAGACCGAUAAUAAUAUGAAACACGGGGAAAAAUGCAUUCUUGAGUUCAAGAAGGGAAGGGGAGGCAGAAGAACAUCAGAUGUGAUCCAUGCAUAUCCAUUGAAUGUGAAACUGGAAAGGUAAAUGAACUAUGUGUCGAAGAAAGAUGCUGCUGAUGGAAAAGUUUAUGUUACUAUUCUCUAAUUAGACCAUAUCAGAGAAGGGCUUGCUAUGAGUCUUGUGCCGAAUGUAGUGGUUUCUGGUUCAGCCUCAGGUUAAUUUGUACGUAGCCUAAUGUCUGUAGCAGCAUCUUUCUUCAGUCUGAAUUAUGAAGUUGUAGCUGUUGUUGAAUGAACUUUUAAAUUCCAUGGUUCAUGAGUUUUUGUUAUUCGCUCCCCUUUUCACUUCUUGUAACUUCUGGUGUAGUUUGAAGUAUCAAAAGAUGGAAGAAAAAGAAGAAAAAAAAGUAUCAGACAUGGCAAAACUGUAUCAGAAAAACAGGAGUUGAUGAUGUCCACUGAAAAUAAUGGACCUUAGCAGCAGAUGGGCCCUUUCAGCACGGACUAGAACACUGCAUCUAGCUAGCAAGGAUGCUUGGUAUAAAUAUCUCGCUUCAUGGUUGCCUAGUACUUAAAAUUAGGAAACAUUUUACUCCACACCCACAAAAGGAUGGCUAUUGUGUCAUCUAAACAUCUACUUUCACUCCUUUUCAACCAACCAUCUCACUUGUAGUCUUGUAGCUUAUCCACACCAUCUCUAGUACAAAACUCCAAUUCCUCUCUUCUUUCAAACACCCAAAAUAUCUAAAAUAGGAAGGAAAAAAAAUUGCCGAGAAAGAUACCGAGUCUGAUAGAAAUGGCGACGACAUCCACUACACUCCCUAAGGUGCUAUUCACAACAGCUGCCACUGCGAGCACCAGGUGCAACAGUAGAACAAGAAAUGCAGUGCAGAUAGGAGGACUCAACUCCUUCGGAGGUUUGAAAGCUCACAACAGUGUAGCAUCAAUAGGACUUCCUGUAUGCACUGAGCAAUCCUUCGCUAAGUUUGUCAACUCUUUGAAAUCAACACCUCAAGGUAAAAAGGGAGGAGCACUUUCAUGAAUACUAUCAGCCAUUACCCCUUGAGUGUUCAUCCCCCUAUAAAUUUCAGUAGUAGCUUUCAUAUUAUUUUGUAUGGAAUACUGCUUCAUAAGAGAAUUAUAUGUGGUGGCAUUUGGCUUUA